AUGGACUACGAAGCGCUGAAGGAGCAAUGGAGCGAGGUUGAGGACCGCGAUGGUGUCCGACUGAGCUGGAAUGUCUUCCCCAGCUCGCGCAUGGAAGCAUCUCGCCUCGUCGUCCCCAUCGGCGCGCUCUAUACCCCCCUGAAGGAGAAACCCGACACUCCGCUGCUGCAGUUCGAACCCGUCACCUGCAAGCAGCCAUGCCGCUCCGUGCUGAACCCUUUCUGCCAGGUCGAUCCUCGCGCGCGCCUGUGGAUCUGUCCUUUCUGCCUCUCACGCAACCCCCUGCCGCCGCACUACAAAGACAUCACAAAUAAUGCUGUCCCGCCCGAGCUGCACCCGUCCAACACCACCAUCGAGUACCGCCUCUCGCGACCUGCCCCAAGCCCCCCUAUUUUCCUCUACGUUGUCGACACCUGCCAGGAGGAUGACAGCCUUGCUGCUCUAAAGGAGUCUUUGAUCAUGAGCUUGAGUCUUCUCCCCGAGAACGCCCUCGCUCAAGUUCACGAGAUCGGAUACACCGAGUGCGCCAAGUCGUUUGUCUUCCGCGGGAGCAAGGACUAUUCAGCCAAGCAGGUCCAGGAGAUGCUGGGCUUGCUCGCCCCUAGUCUGCGCCCGGGUAUGCCUCAGCAGCAGCCCGGUCGGCCCAUGAUGCCUAUGGGUCCCGCCACCAGAUUUCUGCUGCCCGUCCAGCAAUGCGAGUUCCAGCUUACCAAGGUCCUGGAGCAGUUGCAGAAGGACCCGUGGCCUGUUGCGAGUGACAGAAGAAACCUACGAUGCUCAGGCGUGGCGCUUAGUGUCGCCGUGGGCCUGCUUGAGUCGUCCUUCCAGAAUGCUGGAGGUAGAAUCAUGAUGUUCGCCGGCGGCCCUGCCACCGAAGGCCCGGGCAUGGUCGUAGGGCCGGAGCUCCGUGAGCCCAUCCGCUCUCACCAUGAUAUCGACCGUGACAAUAUCAAGUACUACAAGAAGGCGUUGAAGUUUUAUGACAACCUUGCGAAACGAACGGCCCACAAUGGCCACAUAAUAGACAUCUUCGCCGGCUGCUUGGACCAAGUAGGCUUGCUUGAGAUGAAGGGCCUAUGCAACUCUACCGGCGGUCAUAUGAUUCUGACAGACAGCUUUACCUCGUCCAUGUUCAAGCAGUCCUUCAUACGUGUUUUCGAGAAAGAUGGGGACGACAACCUGCUGAUGGGCUUCAACGCUGUUCUGGAGGUCCUGACAACCAAGGAGCUCAAGGUGACUGGUUUGAUCGGCCAUGCCGUGUCACUGAAUAAGAAGUCGACGUCGGUAGGAGAGACGGAAUGCGGCAUCGGCAACACAUGUUCCUGGAAGAUGUGCGGUAUAGAUCCCAACGCGAGCUACGGUGUCUAUUUUGAGAUUGCGAGUCAGGGUGGCCCGACGCAGCAUCAACAGGGUCACCAGAAGGGCAUGAUGCAGUUCCUCACCUACUACCAACAUUCGUCGGGGCAGUUCCACUUGCGCGUCACUACCAUACAGAGGAACCUGAGCGGACCAGCAGGUGACCCGGCCAUUGCGCAGUCUUUCGACCAGGAAGCCGCGGCUGUGCUCAUGUCAAGGAUCGCCGUCUUCAAGGCCGAGGUUGACGACGGUCCCGAUGUGCUUCGGUGGGUGGAUCGCAUGCUGAUCAGGCUGUGCUCGCGCUUCGCCGACUACAGGAAGGACGAUCCUUCGUCUUUCCGACUCGAGAAGAACUUCACCCUGUAUCCCCAGUUCAUGUUCCACCUGCGGCGAAGCCAGUUCCUGCAGGUCUUCAACAACUCGCCGGAUGAGACGGCCUUCUAUCGUCACGUGUUGAACCACGAGGAUGUUAGCAACUCGCUCAUCAUGAUUCAACCUACGCUUGACUCGUACACGUUUGACCAGGACGGUGGUCAACCGGUGCUCCUAGACUCGACUUCUAUUCAACCUACGCACAUACUGCUACUAGACACCUUCUUCCACAUUCUAAUCUUCCACGGCGAGACGGUGGCGGAGUGGAAGAAGGCCGGCUACCAAGACCAAGAAGGCUACGAGAACUUUGCGGCGCUCCUGGAGCAGCCCAAAGAGGACGCAAGGGAUCUCAUUGGCGACCGCUUCCCUCUUCCUCGGUUCAUCGUCUGUGACGCGGGUGGCUCGCAAGCGCGUUUCUUACUGUCUAAACUGAACCCCUCGACCACACACACGACAGGCGCGUACGGAGGCGUUGGUGCGCAGACAGCACAGACCAUUUUCACGGACGAUGUGUCUCUGCAAACUUUCAUGGACCAUCUGAUGAAAUUGGCGGAGAGAGCUUACCAGAAAGCCGAGAUAGAAAGCCGGAGGCAGCCAAAGACCAUCUGA